UCCUCCGGGAAUCCCCAUGAACGAACGCAACGUGGUCGUCCUCAAAAUAUUUUGGCUUCUUGGCUUUUUCUGCGGAGCUUUAACGGUGACUCAUCUCGAGUGAGCAGCGACAGCGAGGAUCCAAGCACGCCUGCGUCAUCACCUCACUGUGGGAAGGGAGGGAAAAGGAUGGAAGCCAGCAGCUUGGAAAACUUGCACCUGAGCCAGAGCCUGCCUCUGAGCCAGGACUCCUUUCAGGAGCUGUGGCAGUCAGUAAUCACUCCAUCUAUUUCCACCAUCCCAUCUGUGGGACAGAUGGACAUGCUGCUUGAUCCUGCAUUUGAUGGAAACUUCUUCGACAUGGCAAUGGAGACGCCCGCCUACACCUCCUCGUCCUCCACUGUCCCUGUGACCACCGACCACGCUGGAGAGUUUGGCUUCCAGCUUCGGUUCCAGAAAUCAGGAACCGCCAAGUCCGUGACUUCCACAUAUUCGGAGGUUUUAAAUAAACUCUACUGCCAGCUUGCAAAAACCAACCCGAUCGAGAUGCUGGUGAGCAGGGAGCCUCCUCAGGGGGCCGUCCUCCGGGCCACGGCCGUUUACAAGAAGACCGAGCACGUGGCCGACGUGGUGCGCAGAUGUCCCCACCACCAGAACGAAGACACGGUGGAGCAUCGCUGCCAUCUGAUCAGGGUGGAGGGCAAUCAGAGGGCUCAGUACUUCGAGGACGUGCACACCAAAAGGCACAGCGUGACCGUCCCGUACGAGCACCCGCAGCUGGGCUCGGAGAUGACCACCAUCCUGCUGACGUUCAUGUGCAACAGCUCCUGCAUGGGCGGCAUGAACCGCAGGCCCAUCCUCACCAUCCUGACCCUGGAGACUCCAGAGGGCCUGGUUUUGGGCCGGAGGUGCUUCGAGGUGCGCGUGUGCGCCUGCCCGGGGAGAGACCGCAAGACGGAGGAGGAGAAUCACGCCAAGAGCCAGAACGGCACCAAGCAGCUGAAGAAGCGAAAGAGCACCCCUGCUCCCGACACCACCUCCGCGAAGAAGACCAAGUCUGCCUCCAGCGCCGAGGACGAGGACCGGGAGACGUUCACGCUGGUGGUCCGCGGGCGCGAACGCUACGAGACGCUGAAGAAGAUCAACAGUGGACUGGAGCUGCUCGAUAAGGAAACUAAAACCAAGCCAAAGGUGGUGAAGCAAGAGGCUCCUCAGCCGUCCAGCGGGAAGCGCCACCUGCACAGAGGAGAGAGAAGCGACAGCGACUGAGAUCAAACGCUCGAGCUUUGUUUCAGGUUUUGUUUUUUGAUAUAUUGGAAUCAUCAUCCGGCCCGAUCAGUGCUACUGUGUAGUGUCGACUGACUGUUUUUUUUUUUCUUACUUUCCUUCCAACAAAUAAAGCUUGGAUUGAAUCAUGUAAAGUCAGGUUUUUGACACAGGAGCCUUUUCCUUCCUCUCUAGAUAGGGUAGAUUAUUGCAUGAAACCAUCUGUGUUCUGGCAGGGAUUUUCUUUCAGCUUCUCAUUUUUAAUUGUUGAAGUCGCUCUGUUCAGGUUAAUGAAAAAUCUAAGCGUUUUUCCUCAGAUCAGGGUCCGGUUCCUGUAUUGUAAAAAGGCCCUGGUCUCAUCACUGCCAUUAUCACUGCCGUUUAAACUGUGUAAAUGCAAACUUGAAUGGACGUUUGGCUCCAUCGUCCCGCCGUUCAGUCUGAUUCCACGUGCAGUGUGAGCUUUUCAUAAACUGUAACUCUAAACGCCAAUAAGCUUCAUCAAUAAAUGCACGAAGCACGACAUGGUAUUAAUUGAUCAGUUUCUGUUCACGGAGCCUUUGUAAGUGUAAAUACAUUUUUUUCCUUUAUUUUUUUUUCCCCCCCUACUUCCACGUAGAAGUAGGUUUUCAGCGGUGUGUUGGGUCGCAGUGAAGCUGUAAUCUGGUAGACGGGGGUUUUGUAGAGGGAGGGUUUGGCUGGAUCACCCUCGAGAGCAGCUCACAGAAACUCCGUCUGACCGCGAUGGCUGUUUGGGUGUUCGGGACCUUUUCUUAAAAAAGCAAAAGAAGACCAAAGUGUUAUAAGGUGCCAACAAGACUCGUUCGGAGUUUUAAAUCGAUAGAAUGACUCGAUGAGACGUAUCGGCUGUGACCUGGCUGCUGUUCUUUCACCCGCAGAGCAGAUUGUCAUUUUACCAGCGCUCGAAUGACCACUUUAUUUGUACACUGCCGCUAAAUGUAUUCGAAGGCAUUUCUUUGUUCUGUUUCCGUAUAUUUAGAGAUUAUUUUGACCGCUUAGUUUUGUACAAGAAUUUUGUCUAUUUUUUUUUUUUUUUUCCUUUUGACGUCGUAUUUCGUUCUCUUUUGAUACUAAUAUGCCAUUUUGUAACCGCGAACGAGCUUUCAAACAAAUAAAGGCCUCACGUUGA